GCUCCUGAGGCAGAUGGGCUUUACACCGAAUCCUAUUAUCAAGCUCUCUGGACUCAACUAGCCUUCGUAAUCAGCCACACUGACGCCCUCAGCGCACUCUCAUAUAAACACACAUGAGCGCUUCAUCCGCUCUCUUGCCUGGACUUUUACUAUCGAACCGAUGUCAUCUCGAUAACCAUGUCUUCAGAGAAGUGCAGAAGACAAAAAAGAAGAAGCCUGAGGCGGAUUCUGGAAAGGCCAAGGGAACUGAAGCCAAACCCAAAAAGAGCAAAGCUAAAAAGAGUGAAGAGCUGUCAGGAGAUGAGGACAGCACGCCCUCAAAGACAGAAAGCAAAGCGGUAAAGAAGAAGAAAACCGAGAAGGACAAAGAAGCAUCAGAGAAGAACACAAAAAAGAAGGCCAAGAGCACUCCUAAGAAGAAGAAAGAAUCCGAUGAUGAGGAUGACGAGGAUGACGAAGAGGAGACCUCACAGAAGAAAACUAAAAAGAAAACCACCAAAGAAAAGAAACCAAAGGCCAAAGAGAGUAAAGGUGAAUCAGAAAGCAGAGGAAAGACAGCCAAGGCUAAAAAGGAGCCAGCUUCUAUGUUUCAGAUAAAUGGAGACAAACCAGAUUUUAUCGCAAAAAAGAAAGCUCCAGUCAUCAAGUCUGACAGCGAUGAGAGCGAGCCAGAGACUAAACCCAGCAAGAGCAAAAAGAAAUCCACCGCCAACUCCACCUCCAUGUUUCAGGCUGGAGGAAACAAAGACAAGAAAAAAGACAAGACUAAUAAGGACAAAGAGAAGAACAACAAGAAAAAGAACGCUGCUAAAUCUGAUGAAAGUGAUGAUGAGGAUAUAGAAGUGCCCAGAAAGAAGAAAGGCAAAGGCAGGAAAAGUAAAAAGGAGGAGGAGAGGCCUCCAUCACCAGAGAUCGAGUUCGAUGACCUUGAGGAGUUUGUUCUUCAGCCUGCACCUCAGGGAACCACCAUCAAGUGUAAAGUGACGCGAGACAAGCGUGGCAUGGACAGGGGCUUCUACCCCACCUACUACCUUCAUCUAGACAAUGACAAGAAGGUUUUCCUACUGGCUGGUCGAAAAAGAAAAAAGAGUGCGACGUCUAAUUAUUUGAUAUCGAUAGAUGCCACUGACCUGUCGCGAGGCGGAGAAAAUUUUAUUGGAAAGUUGAGGUCCAAUCUCAUGGGUACCAAGUUCACAGUGUUUGACAACGGCCUCAACCCUGACCGUGCGCUCAGAGACAUGUCUAACGCCCGGCAAGAGCUAGCGGCUAUCAUUUACGAAACAAAUGUGCUGGGGUUUAAAGGGCCCAGAAAAAUGACUGUCAUCAUCCCAGGCAUGGAUGACGAUAAUGAGCGAGUGCCGAUAUGUCCACGAACGGACAACGACAGCAUACUCACGCGCUACCAAAACAGACAUAUGGACAACCUGAUUGAACUCCACAACAAAACCCCAGUCUGGAACGACGACACCGCUUCCUACGUCCUCAACUUCUCCGGUCGGGUCACGCAGGCCUCUGUCAAGAACUUCCAGAUCGUCCACAGCAAAGACAAUAGCUACAUUGUGAUGCAGUUUGGAAGGGUGGCAGACGACAUGUUCACGCUGGACUAUAAUUACCCCAUGUGUGCGGUGCAAGCCUUCGCUAUCGCUCUGUCCAGCUUUGACGGCAAACUGGCCUGCGAAUGAACACGAGGCACAAGAGUCAUAUCUCUGAGAGAAACACACGGUAACUUCGCCGUCGGGAAGACGAUGAAGUACGACGUGUUAUUUGAUAAUGUGGGACAUUUUUAUGAUUUCCACUGUGCCUGAAAGUGACUGGGAUGCACUCAUCCUGGAUACAGAACAGAAACUGACACCAGAGCCAGGCGUCAAACGUACGUCUCUGCAUGUAUGUGGCUACAUAAAAUGGCAAAAGAUUUUUGAUUAUAUUUUAUGUUGUA